AUGGCAACCGCCACUAUGCAGCCAUUCGACCAUUCCUCUCGACGGAAAUCCUUCGCAAUAUUCUCCUCUAAACCACCAAAUCCGAAACCUGCAGCCCAAUACACAUCCAAACUCAUCACCAAGCAAAGACCGAUAUCUUACCAGAGUGGUGCUGUUGGAACUGGAACCAUAAUCCGUGCCCAAACCUUUCAAGAAGGCAAACCGUCCGCUCCAAUAGAUCUGAAUCGGCCGCUUCCACCUCGUCCAAAGGUUACGACACGUCCGGUUUCUUUAGCAGCCACUCCGAGAUCGUAUGAACCUUCGUCGCCGGGAACGUCAACGGUUUCGACGUCUACUGCAGCGUCGUCGCUCUUCGACGAACCCGACUUCUUAACGAAGAAUGCUCGGACAUCAGUCAUUGUCUUCGCUGGUGAAGUGGUAUCGGCGAAUAACUUUAUGAGAAGGUUUAGCAGUAAACGGGAAUAUUUGGUUUUGACGGACACUCACUUGCUCAGGUUUAGGAAUCAGGGAAAGGCAGUAGAAGUGUUUCCGCACUUCCGUGUCGCAGGUAACCGAAGUACCUCUUUUGCACCCAGUACCGGCGAAGUUCAACAGGAUCAAAUCAUCAUCCACCUGAACCAAAUCGUUGCCGUCCACGAAACCGACAAAUACUUUAUCCAAGUCGACCAUCUUGACGAAAUCACUGGAACCGCCACUUCAACUGUCUUGCAGCUCUCAAAUCAAUCAGAAGUCGAUCAAUGGCUACGAGCUUUGUGCAGGACAGUGCGACUUCCAACGUAUACAACACUCCCAUUUGCCGGGAAAGUAGUAGAUUAUGUUUCGAAGAGACUGAAGGACGAGCACGAUUAUUCACCUGAUAAUGUCAUGAUAUUCCGGGUCGUCCAUCGAAAGUCUGAUCGUAAUCAAGGCAGAAUUUCUGGUUCCUCUGAAGAUAUCCAAAAAAACGCAACGACAAUCUGCUAUUUGGCCGUCGGGAUCCACAAGAUCCAUCUGCUUCCGAUACCGAAAGCAGCAAACCAUAAAAGCUCGUCUUCCCUCAAUUCUCCCGGAAUGCUUACCACGUUUGGAAUCCUUACCUUGUGUGCUCUGAAUAUGAAUUCGGAAACGGACGACUCUUUCACCCUCAAGUUCCGUUCCCCAUGCAAACCAUACCAAACAGUUCAUUUGGCUUCUUCCUGUGCUGCUCAGAUUAUCCAAACAAUCAGACAUGCCGCAGACUUCCUUCGACCUCAGUGGUCAGAGCCUUCGUUCACCCUCAACAUCCCAGAAAAACUCCUAGACCAACCUUUCCCUGAUAUUGACUAUGAUGAAGGCUACCUAUGCUUCUCGAGGACUUUAGCCGCCUAUUGCGCAUCGUAUGAGGUCGACAUUAAUAUCAUCAACUAUAAAAUAAUUUCUAAUACCGAGGAUGGCCCGAAAUUCCAGCUUCUACCGCCAAACCACCCUAGAAGGUUGAAGUACUCGGUCCUAGAGCUUCUUGCAGUGUUGAGAUCUUUAAGAUGGAACGAAUCAUUCGGAUCGAUAUCAUUCUCCGGUGUUAGUCUUCAGCCAUUGAAGGGGACCUUUGACGGAUAUGGCAGCGAUAUGGAACCGUAUAGAACACGAUCCGGCCGAAAACUAAACACCAGGGGUCAAAAACGAUCGCUCCUCGUACUCGAGCUCAGGGCUAUCGCGGCAUGCAGCGCACGAUUGCGUCGACUCGACUUUACGGGGUGCCUAGAUCCACCCAGGGCUCAAACUGAGGAUGAUGACCACGAUGAUGUUGAAACCGGUUGCGAAAUUGUUGAGGCCGUUUUGCCGCUGUGCAAAAAGGGAUUGACUAAUGUGGAUUGGAUCAUUUUUUCGGGGCUCGCGCUUGACCAAGCCGAUAUUGCCUGGAUUGUGGACGCUGCUGUGGAUAAGACCUGCCACAUUCGAGGACUCGAGAUUGCUAAGUGCGGCCUGAGUGAGCGAUCGAUCUGCUUGGUUUUGGAGUCGCUGGUAGCUCAGGUUAAAACUCUGGAAGGGUUGGAUAUUGGAGGAAAUCCAGGUCGGUUAAAUACAUCGAACCUGAAUCCUCUCUACGAACUUCUCCAAGCAUUCCCGAACAUGCGAUGUCUUCGGCUCGCCAACUUGAAGCUCGCAGUUAGAAGCGAGCCAAGCCAUAACUAUCCCAAAAACACGUCUCCAAUCAGACCUUCGUUCAAUCGAUCGAUAUCCCUUCAGAUUCCAUUGCCUAGGACUCCCGAAUCGACUAUGAGUGGUGGAUAUAAACCAGGAAGUUCCAGAGCAGCGUCUUCGCUAUCGGUGAACACAUUUCUAUCCAGGCCAGCGAGGGAGGAGCAUGCCUUGAUUCCAGAGGAGAUCUUGAUCAAGUGGCGACUCCAGGAACUUGACCUCAGUGGAACACCAAUCAAUGGGGCUUCCGUGGAUGCUCUUUCAGCCUAUCUCGCCAGUCCAGCUUCAGAAUGCCUCACAAGACUGAAUCUUAAUGACUGCGGUCUCAAAGCAGGUGAUCUGGCUGUACUGUUAGGAUGCUUGGCCCGGGAAGAUGGCAAAGUUCGCAAUCUCCAUCUUUUUGUUAAUCGCCUCCAAAUCACACCCGACCAUAAUAAGCUAGUUGAUGCUAUCAAGAAGGGUCUCUCUCCGAGAUACCUGACAAUUAGCAACGUCGAUUACCCAGACGAGGAGAUGUUCCGAAAGCUAAUCAGAGCCAUCACGGUCAAUAAGACUAUCGAAUAUCUCGACCUUUCCCGUGUCUACCUCCCAACCGAUGCUAACAACGACACCAUCAACGCCUUCUCCGAACUUUUUGCGAAGAAUGAGACAUUGAGAGUUCUCGAUAUCUCUGGCGGCUAUGGACGCAUCGAAGAUGGACGCCUUGGCGCUAGACUUAACAAAGCCUUCGAAACAUUGGGCCAUAAUAAAACAUUGAAGGUCCUAAAAGUCGAACAACAACGCCUUGGCCCACAGGGAGCCAUGGUUAUCGCCAAAAUGCUCGAGUCGAAUAAUUCCCUACAAGAAAUACACUGCGGCAACAAUGGUAUCAACCUUCAAGGUUACACCGCGUUGGCAUCUUCUUGCAAUGAAAAUAACUCAGUUUUGGCAUUACCGGGAAUGGAGCGAGACAGGAAAGAACAGCUUGACAAGCUCCGCAACGACCUGAAUAAAACAGUCGAUGCACCGGAACCCCCAUCCAGCAGACUCUCGGUCCUCGCCGGGUUCUCCAAUGUGGAUAGACGCCGCAGUGUCCGCUCUUUGCGGAGCCUCACGGGUCGAAGCUCACAUGACUCUGAUAAAGGAUUGAGUUUAACCGAAGAUCAGGUCGAGACGGCCAUCAAGCACGUCGCUACCCGUUGGGAUGAGCAGGAGGAUCAUCUACGAAAGAUCUUUGCGAGAAACUUAGCUGGAGCCCAUGACGACACCGAUUCUCGUAUGGAUACGCCAACUCCAGCUGCUCUCAACGGGAUCGCCAUUGCCAUGUGA